UGACAUCACGAAUUAUAUAAUAUGUUUGGUUUGGCUGCCCUGCAUGUGUGUGUAUGAGUGAGCAUGUGUGUACUUGGCUGGAUAAGUAAUGACGUAUUUCUUCAUAAGUAUUACUGGGGGCCAGAUGAUCCAACUGUUUAGACGAUCAUCACCCUUCUGCUGCUGUUUCUGACACUUAUUAGGAGCAUGCUGCAUUCAAGAAACAAACCUGCUUCUUAUCUUUGUAGUUUUAAGCAUGCAUCACAUUUCACAAAUUACAUAAUUAGGCAGCAGAUUAACAGUUUAUGUGGAGUAUGUUGCUUGUUGUUGCUUGAGUUAUACUUUUCUUCUUCUUCUUGUCUGUUUCAAUCUCUACUUCCAGCUCCCUCUGGCCAGCACGAAUUGUUGGUCUAUGACGCAAUCCCUCUUCCCUGCUAGUUUAAGUUUCAGAGCCAAUCAGAGCGCAGCAGUAGGAGGGAAUCCAGUCAGCUCAUGCUUGUAAACAGCACUGACAGUAGGAGGGACUUUCAAUUUACAGUCCCACCCUCUGUUGUUAUCCCUGUUCAGACUUUCCCAGUGUGUGUGUUGGAAAAGAGGAAAAGCAAGACGAGGAAAAGGGAAAAGGAAGAGUGGUUUGUAGUGGCGAGGGGAGAAACGAGAGGGGAAGUGGGCGUGAACGUGUGAGUCAGGGCGUGUGCUGGUUCUUCAGUGUUACACUGACUUUAACACAGAGCUGCCAUGAAGCCUUCUAGACUGGUCUACUCCACACUACUGACAGUUAACUGCUGUCGUAGUCCGUGGCUUUGAAUGUCCUCUGCCAUGGCAAAGCGUGAGGCUGGGAGCACCAGCCCUGUGGUGCGUCAGAUAGACAAGCAGUUUCUGGUCUGCAGCAUCUGUCUGGAUCACUACCGCAAUCCCAAGGUGCUGCCCUGUCUUCACACCUUCUGUGAAAGUUGUCUCCAGAACUACAUUCCCCCAGAGUCUCUGACGCUCUCGUGUCCAGUGUGUCGCCAGACGUCCAUCCUGCCAGAGAAAGGAGUUUGUGCUCUACAGAACAACUUCUUCAUCACUAAUCUCAUGGAGGUCCUUCAGCGUGACCCGGAGUGCUCACGACCAGAAGCAUGCAGCGUCCUGGAGUCAGUCAGUGCCGCCGCUGCAGGGAAACCCCUCUGCUGCCCGAACCAUGAGGGCAAGGUGAUGGAGUUCUACUGCGAGUCGUGUGAGACGGCCAUGUGUCUGGACUGUACAGAGGGCGAGCACCGGGACCAUGUGACUGUUCCUCUGCGGGAUGUUGUGGAACAACACAAGGCUGCACUGAAGACACAGCUGGAUGCCAUACACAGCAGGCUCCCUCAGCUGACAGCAGCCAUCGAACUGGUGAGUGAGAUCUCUCGCCAGCUGAAUGAAAGAAAGACUGAAGCAGUCGCAGAGAUAACCAGUACAUUUGAAGAACUGGAACGGGCGCUGCAUCAGCGCAAGUCAGCCCUCAUCACAGACCUGGAGAACAUCUGCAGCGCCAAGCAGAAGGUGCUACAGGCCCAGCUUUCAUCUCUCCUGCAGGGGAAGGAUCACAUCCAGAGCAGUUGCAGCUUUACAGAGCAGGCUCUCAGCCACGGGAGUGCUACUGAGGUGCUGUUAGUUCAGAAGCAGAUGAGUGAGCGGGUAACAGCGCUGGCAAGACAUGACUUCCCAGAGAGACCACAUCAGAAUGCACACCUGGUCUGUCAGGUGGAGACUGAAGGCCUGCGACGCUCCAUCCAGAAUCUGGGUGUCCUCCUCACCACAGCAGCUGUGGCUCACACCUCCGUUGCCACAGGAGAGGGCCUCCGCCAUGCAGCAACCGGACAGCACCACACCAUUACUGUGACAACAAAAGACAAAGAUGGGGAAUUGGUGCGGACAGGAAACGCUGUUUUAAAAGCAGAGAUAACAUCUGCUGACGGGAGCCGGGCUGCAGAGACAGAGAUAGCAGACAAUAAGAACGGGACAUAUGAGGUGGGCUACACGUUACGCUCUGAGGGAGAGUACUCUUUUGCUCUGUUGCUGUAUGGUCAGCCGAUACGUGGCAGCCCGUUCCGCCUGCGGGCGGUCAAGCCGUCAGAUGUGCCACAAUCUCCAGAUGACGUCAAGAGGAGGGUGAAGUCUCCUAGCGGGACAGGGGGCCACAUACGGCAGAAAGCAGUCCGACGGCCCUCCAGCAUGUACAGCACCACCAAGAAAAAGGAGAACCCCAUUGAGGAUGAGCUCAUCUACAGAGUUGGUACUCGGGGCAGAGAGAAAGGGGAGUUCACCAAUCUGCAGGGAAUCUCAGCCUCUAGUAACGGCAGAGUGGUGGUGGCAGACAGCAACAACCAGUGCAUACAGAUAUUCUCCAAUGACGGCCAGUUCAAGAUGCGCUUUGGGGUCAGAGGUCGGUCUCCGGGGCAACUGCAGAGACCAACAGGCGUCACUGUGGACAUGAACGGUGACAUUGUGGUGGCCGACUAUGACAAUCGAUGGGUUAGCAUCUUCUCCUCUGAUGGAAAGUUUAAGAAUAAAAUCGGUGCAGGCCGACUCAUGGGUCCUAAGGGUGUGGCUGUGGAUAAGAAUGGACACAUCAUCACUGUGGACAACAAGGCCUGCUGUGUCUUCAUCUUUCAAUCCAAUGGGAAGCUUGUGACUAAGUUUGGAGGCAGGGGGACGUCUGACAGACAGUUUGCAGAAAAACUUGGCCCAAACUUAAAUAAAUCUGGCUCAGUUUUCAGUCCACACUUUGUUGCCGUUAACAACAAGAAUGAAAUUAUUGUGACCGAUUUCCACAAUCACUCAGUGAAGGUGUACAGCGCAGAUGGAGAGUUCUUGUUCAAAUUUGGCUCUCAUGGUGAAGGCAAUGGCCAGUUCAAUGCUCCCACUGGUGUGGCUGUGGACGCCAACGGAAACAUCAUCGUAGCUGACUGGGGUAACAGCAGAAUACAGGUGUUUGACAGCACAGGCUCCUUCUUAUCUUACAUUAACACGUCAGCAGACCCGCUGUAUGGCCCGCAGGGUCUUGCCCUCACCUCAGAUGGACAUGUUGCUGUGGCUGACUCUGGCAACCACUGCUUCAAGGUUUACAGAUAUCUGCAGUAGACUGAGAGAUGACACCUCCGAUACAGCUUCUUCUUAGAUAGGUUAACGUCACAUAUUACUUGUGGACAUAGAGCUGCAACGUGCCACGGGUUCCAGAAAUUAAUUUCCUUUUAUAGAGCCUAUAAAAAAAAAUCUGAGAAGAAAUUAAAAGCAACCCAAUCCAAAAAACAACCGAAAAUAAGCUAGUUAUCCCAAACAUCAUUGCUUUAGGUGACAUUAAUUCUCCCUCUUAGAGAGAAAAAGAAAGAAAAUUUGAAAGAUAUUGGUCCAAGUUUUGGUGACACCCUAAUCUCAAGAGUCUAUCCUGGUAAAAUAAAGGGUAACAAAGAAACACAAUGUCACAGGCAACUCAGGAAUAAAAUAUUUAGGAGCAUACUGUAAGUAGAUCUGAUCUCUCAUGAUGUGUUUACCUUACACUGUCCAAACUUUAGUGCUAUUAACCAAAUCCCCCGAGGGAAUAAUUAACUGGAAAUUAGCUUCUGGAACCAGGCGUUUCAGCUCUAUUUCUCACAAGUGUGACUUCACCAGUAGAUAGCCUGCCAGUCUGUAGUUGGUGAUACACUGCAAUUUUUUGGGCAAUGCAGACGAGGGGGCAACACUCCCUGCAAUCAUCAAACAAAGCAAGAAAUAGAAAUAGAAAUCUACUACCCAUUUUGAGAAGAUGAUGCUUUGUGAUUGACAUAACAAUGCUCAGGCCUUUCCUUGAACGCUGUUGCAUGUCAGUGUGCUCCAAAAAAUUACCCUGUCGUCACUGCCUUACGAAUCCUCAUCAGUAACAGAGCACAUGCAGACAGGAAUGUGCUGUUUUUUUAUUCUCAUCCUGUUUUUUUUUUUUCGGUCAUAAGAUGAGCUGACCCAAGGUUUUUGUCUUGGUAUCCAAAGACGAGCAUCAAGAAGCACAAAUAGAACAACAGUCCCAUCUGAAACACAACAUCUGAACCAGCUCAACAUUAAGUCUGAACCCCUUCUAGUUAGUCUUUCACUUCUAUUAACCAAAAUCUUGUAUCUGACCCCACUAGUACUUUGCACUUUUGUGUAUUCAUAUCUACAACCUAAUGUAGUUGUACAUAUGCAUAUUUAAGUGUAUAUAUGGAUUUGGUGUCCAUGUUAUUUCACUAUAUAGCCUACUUAUUCCAGCACUUCAACUGAAACUGAUUUCAACACUGGAGCAUAUACUAAUACAGUAGAAGGUUAUGCCACGUAGUAGCCAGCUGAAUGACUUGCAAACAUCAAUGUAACAAAGUUGUAUACACAUUAUUUGCUGUAUUUUUAUUUUUUCAAAGGACUUAAUUUAUUUUUUUUUCUUUUCUUUUCUACAUAAUUUGUUCUGCAAAUUAUUUUUCUAAUUGGUGCAUUUGAACUGUUUCCUCUUUGCCAAACGUCGUUGUACAUAGGCCUUGUAACUUGUAGCACUGAAAACUGUUUUCUCUUUUUGCCUCUUCCCAAUGAGCUCACAAUCCAGUUAAACAGUAACUUUUCCCUUCUGCCAAAAUGUAUUGUUGUAAGUUGUUGUUGAGCAUUGCACAAAAUACAAAUAUUAUAAGAGUUAUAUAGUUUGCAAGAGUAAUAUAUGCCUUUGUGUAUAGUUAUCAUUUAACAUAAUCAGAAAAGUGUUCUGUAUAUUACAAUCAUAUUCUUGUUGUAGCUGACAAGCACCUUUAUCAUGGAUUUUCCAGUAUUUGUAUUCAUUUGCUUGGUAGUUCAGGAACACAACACCAGCUAACAUGCAGUGACACAGAAAGUUUUUCACCUGUGUUUUAUGAAUAAACCGUCUGGCCCUGAUAAUUCAUUCUGACUCUCUCUGCUUUCCCUCCUCCAUUAAUUUGAUUCCUAUGUUACUAUGAUUUUAUUUUUAUGUCAGUCUGUCUGUCACCUGAAACUUAUACUGACUCCUACUGAUUCCUGCUCCUGUCUGUGUGAAAUAGAGCAAGCACAUAGAAAUGAAACAGUACAUCGACCAUCUUGUGUAGCCUGCUGUAUCCCACCAGAGGCCAGUCUUACAACAAGUGUUCACUACAUUUAUGUAAUCAUGGCAAAGGUAUGAUUGUAAAUAUUAAAGAAUGACACUAUGAACUGUUGUGCAAAUGGUCUGUUUUGUAUAACAAGACUUAAUCACUUCAUCAUUAAUACAUCCAUUCUUUUUUAUGCCUUUUUUUGGCAUAUACUGUAAGAAAUGAGUGUGUUUGUGUAUAUCCUUGCUGAGGAAUACUCAGCUCUUUUGUUACAGUUCCCUGCACUCUAGUGGCUAAUUGAAAAACUCUCAAAACUGGCUGAAAACAUGAAUUAUAGUAUUAUCAGAUAUUAUUUUUUACAAAUGAGUUACUCCAAAAACUCAAUCAAGGUUGAGUGGAUAAUCUUAACAUAUAUCUUUAGUAGUAACAUU